AUGAACAGAUUCUCUGCGGACUAUUCGUCCAGCAUCAAUUCCACGCCCGGCAGAACUCCCGCUACUCGAGGCUCGAAUUUUCUCUCCUCCAACCCUCCUCAACUGGCUAGCACCACUCCUGUUGCUCCUCCUCCCUCUCAGAUCUUCGGCGGCUCCACCUUUGGUACUGGUGUCAGUAAACUCCAGCUCUCCAAGCCUACAAAAUCCCCCCCUUUACGCGCAUCCCCGAACUCCAAUAAGCCUCAGCGUCCGAAGAAUGGCGAUCACCAGAUUUCAUCAAGAGCCAGGACGGGAGACUAUCAAAAUGAGGAAGCGGACGAGGAUCAAGACAUGGACGAAGACGAUGAGGAGGAGGGACUAAGCCAGUUCCAGGCCCGCCGUGGCUUUCAAUCCAUCAGCCAACGGCAGCCCGCCUCCCUUAUGAAAUUCAGUACUAUGAGUACAAGAGACUCGAGGGUUUCUGCGCCACGUAAACCUUUCCGCAAUUCGACGAGGCUGUCUGCGCUGCCACACAAGGGAAACGAUACAGUGGUGCUCAGUUUGGCUAGAGACAUGGGAGCCAGGGCGCAGCCAGCUUCGAUCAGCGAACCGGACGAAGUGAUUCUCGAAACGGAACAAAUCCUCCGCGAACUAGACGAACAAUCUCAAUACCUCAAAGACAGCACAAAUGUCCUCCAAGUCGUCGCCGAAUAUGCCUACAGUCUGAUCAAAGAGUGGCAACGGUUUGUCGAGCCGGAUCGCCCUUCACUGGAUAGCAACGAUAUUGGCCCUCAACCUACCGCUCCUGCUUUCGCCAAAGCCAACUACCUCGCUUCCCUCCUACUCGCCCUUCACCAUCCCCCGCCCUCUCCAGACAACAUGGUCAUCCCGGCACCACGGGUUCUUCUUGAUUGGCUUGACAACUACCACGUCUCCUACGACCAAAUGUACCGAGCAGUCGUCUCCGCUCGACCCAAUUGUACCUCACAUGAGCUCUUCUGGGACGCCGUUCAAAGUCUGACACUGCGGGGCAAACUGCAACAGGUGAUGCAACUUUUCGCAGACGCGGACUUCAAAUAUGCCGCUUCGGCCGUGGACGACGGAGCAGACGGUGUGGGCUAUAAAGGUGCUCAGCUCCAGACUGUACAAAGCGUCAUCUACCGAGCUCGAAUUCUACUCAAUUCCUGCCCAGCUAUUCAAUCAGGCGACUGGAACGUUGCCGGUCCUGACUGGGACGUCUUUCGCAGCGCUGUCGAAGCUGCAUUGGACAAUCUGACUGAUGAAGCAACCAGCCAGGACGAGGACGAGUCUCCCUUCGAAGCUGAGAAUUUCGGGUUGCGCAGACCCGAAAUGGGUCUCCUUGGGAAGAUAGGCCAAAAGUCAGCAUCAUCUCUUCCUUGGACUAUUUUCCAGAACCUCAAAAUACUCUAUAGCAUCCUUCUAGGCAGUGCCGAGGAGAUUGCAGCCCAAUCACAAGACUGGCUCGAGGCCGCUACCUCCUUGACCAUAUGGUGGGAUGGCACUGCAGAAACUGCAGCAGUUGCGCAGUGGAGUUUCGACGUCAGUCGGGCUAACGACUUGACCAAGCAAGACGAAGACUUCAAUCCGUACCUCGGUCGGCUGAGAGAUGCGUUCCUUAGUGUCACGGAUCCAAAUGACAAAAAUUCAUUUCAAAUCAAUGCAAUGUCUCCGGUCGAGGUAGGCCUUGGAUGUAUCUUGCAAGGGAGUACCCAAGGAGCUUUGACUGUUCUCCGCACGUUGUCUCAAUGCAUCGCUUCAUCCGUGGCGGAAAUUGGUGCCGAAGCGGGCUGGUUAGAAGAUGAAACCCAGGCUCGACCCACUGGGUUGAAUGAAGAAGAUCUCAUGGUUCUUAGCUAUGCCGCUCCCAAGCACGGCAUCUCCAAGGAUGACUUGCUAUUAUCGUACGCCGAACAACUCUUCCACAAGGCCACACUGCGUCUUUCUGACGGUUCCUUGGUGGAAGGCUGGGAAAUGUCUAUAUCCAUCGUCACCCGUCUCGACGACCGCGAAGUGAUGCACACCGCCGUGAGCAACUUCCUCGAGCAACUGGAAGUCUCGACUCAAGAUCGAACCGAGAAACUCACGAAUCUCUGCUCAGAUUUAGGAUUACAAGACGAGGCGAGAAAGGUCUCCGAUAGAUUCGGCGACUACCUCGUGAACAAUACCGAGCAGUAUGGCACUGCCUUACUGUGUUAUGCACGGAGUCAUGCAAGCCAUAAGAUAAGGCAGUUGAUAGAUGUGUUGGUCAGCUACUCGCUAGUUCAGUCCAGGGCGUACCCUCCUGAGAAUGAAAUGGACGACGGACUGCGGAGUUUGGUGGAAAACCCCAAGACAGCACUGAUCGACAUUGCAGAAGUCGAUCCCGAGGCUGCUGAAAUGCUGCAAUUCUACCUCGUAGGAUACGCCUGUCUGCGGAGAUUCUAUACUCUGCGCGACGAAGAAUCUGGCGAUGGAAGGACGACGAAUCCCCGGUCUCUCGCGCGGAGGAGAGCAGCCGCGAGAGCGCUUGUGGCGGCGAUCAAUUCUGCUGCAGAUUCUAUUUAUGGCGGCUUAUACGAUCCGCAGAGACAAAGUGCGAUCCAAGUUGACGGGCUGUUGACGCUUUUAGGUGAAGCUACUGCACUUCUCUCGCAAAGUGACUGCAUCAAGACCGCCUACCCGGCAGGAAUAGGGAUCGGCACGGAAAAGAAGAGGAUAUUUACGACUGAACAAAUCUAUUCUUUACUCGCGGCGAUCGAGGACCUCUCUACCGUAUCUGAACGAGUCUACGCUGCGACGGAGGAGUGCCUAGUCGCUUCUCUUAGAGAGUACCAUGGAUCACGGCCACCGAGUCCAAGGGCGGUGCUGAAGAAGUCGAUGAGUAGCGGAAGUGGAAGUGGUUUCUCGUACUCGCUCAUGGGAAGCGAGAUGCUGGGUAGGAGCAUGACCACCGACAUGACGGGCGCGAGUGGAAGUGGAGUUUUAGUCGGGGGAGCCAAAGGGCAAAAUUCCAAGGGGAAAGGGAAGAGUACCCAAAAGGAGAAGGGAUGGGACUGGAGAGACAAGUUUUCGGGUGAGGACGUGCGUGGACAGAAUAUUAUAAGGGUGUUACGGAUGGUGUUGGCGGAGGAGUUGAGUCUUGCCGAGCUCGAAGAAGGUGCUGGGCUUUGA